CGUCGUAGCAUGAAUAAAAAAUACUAAACGAGAAUUUUUUCAAUUUUUUAUCAAGUACUUUUAUAAAAAAAAAAAAAACAAAAAACACUAAUAUAUAUAUAUAUAUAUCUACAUUUUUUACAUUUGAUUGUUCAGAUCUAUCAUCAAAAUUCAUCAAUCUUGAAGCGAAUUACAUUUGUAUAAAGAUUUAUAAAAUUGUUAUUUUAUAUAUAUAUAUAUAUAUAUAUAUAUAUAUAUAUAUAUAUAUCGUAAAACUCAUCAUUUUAUUACGAUAUUAAUCUUUGAAUAAACGUAACUCGCUCUACGAUCGGUCGAUUUUGAUGUUUACAUAUCCAAUAGAAGCAUACAAUAACAUGCUACGACAUGAAACCAUUUUUUUUUAAUUCAAAUACUUAUAAACAUAUUUCGUACACACUAAUUUCUUAAUGAUUAUUAUAAACAAUUUUCAAAUUUUUUAACAAAAAAUUUCAAAGUUCUUUUUCUCAAAUAUUUCUAUGACUCAUUGUACAUAAAUACAUAGGUAUAAAAACGAUGAUUAUUACGAAUUGCUUCCUGAAAGAUCUAUCUAUAAAUCUAUAAAAAAGGAGAGAUUAAAGUAACGAAUAUUUAUGCGAACCUCUUAAGAUAGUAUAGUAUCGAAUAAUAGUGCGUGUGCGUGUGCGUGUGCGCUUGAGAGAGAGAGAGAGAGAAAGAGAGAGAGAGAGGGAGAGAGAUGGAAAGACAAAAAAGAAAAAAGAAAACAAAAUGGCGAAAAGAUACGAAAGUUUCGCAUAAAUGACUUUCGAUCUUUUUCGAUCGUUCGUAAAGUGCUCGGAUGGAUCUAACGAAGGAAUUACAUAUCAUGGCUGCGUCUAUAGACUCGUGAGAAUGCACUUAGUACGGCACAAGAAUGUUUAAUAUAAUCUAUAAAUAAGUGCGACGCGAAUACGCUCGAAUGUGACCGGUUUAAUAUUUGCGAUGGUUCAUUCAUUCUAUUAUUCCAAUCGAAUCUCGUUCAAAACCCAGCUACGAAUUCUGUAUUCGUGAAAAAAAAAAAGAAAAAGAAAAGAAAAAAGAAAAAGAAAAAAGAAAAACAAGGUGAAAUGCGAAUUAAAUGAUCUUGAUUCUUGGCAGUAAGAUUUCGUUUUGUACUUGUUAGCAUACCCCUUCUUUUCUUUCCUUUUUAUCCAUUUCGAUUUAAAAGUUAAUCUUAAAAAAUCAACUAGGAUAGAGUAGAUUAUAUUAUACAAAGGAAAUAUAUGUAUUUGUUUUUUGUAAUAUCUCAAAUGACUUUGACCAUUAUCAUAAUCACCGACUCGAUAUAUGAGUAUAGAUCGCGUGUAAACAGUAUACAUAUCUAUAUUCUCUAGAUUUAGUACUCCUUCUAGAAGCAUUCUCAUACUUUCGAAGCAACAAGUUUCAAUCUGCUCAUGAAUUAUAUAUAAUAUGCUUUUCUCAAUGGAUAAAAGUUCAUAUUAAAAUCUUAUGUUGAUGUGUUUAACGUCUUAUCGAUUAUUAUACAUAUAUAUAUAACGUACGUGUUACGAAUAAGUAAAAGAUCUCUUUUAUAUACCUGCAUAUACAUAUAUGUACUACUAUAGAUCGAGACUCACUUCCUGUUCUUCGCAGGACGAACGAUAAUAACACAUACUUGAAAGUCGAGUACAUAUACUCGACUAAGUUCCCGAUCGGUGGGAGUGGCAAGUAAAGUAAACAAAAUGGGACCAAUCGGGAAGAAAGGCUGGUCCGGCUGAUGUUUGUCUUUUUACCCUCCCCCUAUAUCCCCUUCUUACUUUAAGGGAUGCUGGAAUCGCACCCAAGUCGACACCCUGUACAUCCCUCUUAGCCAAUCGUCUGUUUCUUGCGGAAGAAACUAAAUCCCGGAGAUUAGCUUGGAGAUCUUCUUCCUUCUUAUCCACUGAGAAAGUUCUUCAGUCUGUGAUUAACGAUUGUACGAGAUCAUUGAUCAUUGGAAAAGCAUUUUUUUUUUGCCUAUUUAAAUUUUCUUCAUCGACGAAUCACGUGGAUAUUUUUAUAAACAUUUUCAUAUCUAAAAUAUUAUAUUUAACGCUUUGUAUUAUAGUUUUUUUUCCUUUCUUCGUUCUUUUGCUAUAUAAUCAACAGUGACGAUUUUUUUAAUAUAACAAAAUGAAACGCGUGUGUAAAAGAUAUUACUAAAUGUUGUGUCCGUUCCAUGUGAAGAGUCAAAUAAUAUAAAAGACUGAUUUUCAAAACAAACGAUUUAUAUCGAUGCUGCGUACGAAGAAUAAAAACAAAUCGACAAAUGAGGCUAAUGAGGAACAAAGUAAGCAAAGAAGACCAAAAUGUGCGCGUUGUAGAAAUCACGGUUUAAUAUCGUGGUUAAGAGGACACAAACGAGAAUGUCGUUACAGGGAAUGUCUCUGUCCAAAAUGUUCCCUCAUAGCUGAACGUCAACGAGUUAUGGCUGCGCAGGUCGCUUUGAAGAGACAACAAGCUGCCGAAGAUGCAAUAGCCUUGAGGAUGGCGAAAGUAGCUACAGGUGAAAAACUCAACCGACUUCCAGCAGGGAAAAUAUUUGGGAUGGCUGUGACCGAACCGAAAGGAAUAUCUAGUCAAGAAGAAGAAAAGGAUAAAGAUAUGAGUCCUCGAAAAGUCGAUUCUCCAUUGGAUGAUUCAACGAAGAGGAAUUCGACUGACGAGGGAACGAGAUCGAUGAAAGGAGUAAUAAACGGAUCGAUGGAUAAAGAAGUUUCGGUAUCCCGAAGAUCAAUCGAGACUUUGGCUCGUCUCUUUCCUAGAACUAAAUUAUCAGUCUUACAACUGGUUCUCCAACGAUGUGGCCAAGAUCUAUUAAAGGCAAUCGAGUAUUUUGCUAGUGAAAGUUUUGGGAUUGGUCCUAUGUCCAAUGCCGAGGUUCCAACCUCAGCCUUUAGACCACCUCAAACGCAAGUUACAUUGGAUCGAGAAAGACCGACAAAUGAUAUAGAUCUAUCGACCAAUAAUCACUUCUCUCCGACUUCCUCGAACUUUACUAGAAAUCUUUAUCUUGAAGAUGCUUACCGACUUCUCAACGUCCUACCUGAACAUCUUUCCAAAAAUAUCAGUCCAAACACCGGACCAACAACUUAUCCCACAUCGAUUAUACAUCAUUCCGAUUCAUCAGAUCCCUCGACUCUACCAAUCUCUUAUGAUCGAGAAACCGUUGCCCUAACUGUUCGAUACAACGAUUACUUUGCUUCCAGCAUGCAACAACAACUUAGAGAUCGUGUUUAUGCUCAAGUUACCGAUCGUCUUGCCGAUCAUCUUGCCGAUCAGCUCGCACCACCUAGAUCAGCUACUUUACAUUUACCACCUGUAUUUCCUGGUAUUCCUUGUGUCCUACCAAAUUGCACUCAAUGCUCCUAUAAUAUACUCUGAUUCGUUUCUCGAUCCUAACGUUAUUAAUUACGAUAGAAGAGAACUGCCAAAAUUUUAUCAUACUUCAAAAUAUUUUUAGUUACAUCCAUUUAUUUUUUACGAAUUUUUAUGAAAAUUAAUAUCAAAGAUUGUCAGUCGAUUUUUUAAAGAUAUCUGAUAUGUUAAAUUUUUAAUAUAUGCCUAUCGAUGUCUAUAGGUAUUUAUAUCAAAAAGGAAAAAAAAAAAAAAAUAAAUAAAUAAAAAAAAAAGAAAUUGACCGUCACUAAUUUGGCAACUCUCUUCUAUAUCUACGUUCUAAAACUUAACAAAUGAACUAAGAAAUUCUUUAAAUUUAAUACAAAGAACUUUUAUCUUUGUAACGUAUUUUUUAAUAACGUAAUAUAUGUGUAGUACUCUCUCUCUCUCUCUCUCUCUCUCUCUCUCUCUCUCUCUCUCUCUCUCUCUUUCGCUCUCUCUCUAUCUCUCCCUUGUAAACAUUUGAUUUCCUUCUUGUAAAAUAAAAAAAGAAAAAAAAGAAAAAAAGAAAAAAAAAUAAGGAAAAUAAAUAAAUCAGCUUAUUUUUAGUUGCACAUAAACUUAUUUCGUAAUCGUUAUUAAAAAAAAAAAAAGAGAAAAAAAUCGUUCUUUUUAUCUUUCCGCUCGAGAUCGUAUUAAAUGUCACACACCUGUAUAUAAUGAGCUAUACAAAUCUUUAAUUUUCUCAGUUCGUUGUGCAUGAAAUACAUACUUACAUAUAUAUAUAUAUAUAUAUAUAUAUAUAUAUAUAUAUAUAUAUAUAUGUAUAUAUAUCGUAUAGGGUUUAACGAAUCUUACGAACCGAUAAGGUAAUUUCUUCUCAACAGGAAAGGUUCGUCUUCAAAGUUCAACGCAACAGUUAAGUCAAUUCGAGCGUAGUAAAGCAUGCAUCAUUUAUUACGAUACACUUCAACGAUUGACCUUUGAUCGUGAAGCGUAAAAUAAAAUACAGAUUGAUCAAACCGAUGACCAUCGAAUUUCUUUUUUUUUUUUUUUUUUUUUUUUUUUUUACUGGUCAUAACACUUCAUCGUUACAUACAUUUUCAUUAAAUACUUUUCGUUGUUGUAUAAUGUAAUUUAAUUAAAGUUGUUUGAAAAAUUCUUACUUUUUCUUUUUUUCUAAAAGGAAUAUGUACUUUUAAACCGUACUAUAUUAUUAUCAGUUUCCGUGAGAAAAACCAAUGGGUUCUACCAAGUAAUAGGGAUUCCGUAACCGAGUUAGAAAGAUUCGAUUUUCUAUAUAAACAGAAUCGGCAUCGGUUGAACACGAGAGUCGAUGCCCCGAAGGGAUUUACUUUGGCUUCACUUUUAGGAACAGAAAAUACAGUGAUCCCUCUGCCCCUUGGGAAUUCGUGAUCCAUCGUGCUUCGAAUUACUAAAUACACGUUGAAACUUGACACUGGGGUGAUAAGAAACAUAAAUCCUUUUAUAUGUAUGUGUGUAUAUAUAUGUAUAGGUAAUCUUUUUUUUGUUUUUACGAUCAAUAAAAAUCGAAUAGAGAAAUUGAUAGGAUAAUUUUAACGAAUAUGUAGCUUUCAAAUGCAUUACGUGACAUAUACAAGAUUUUAUUUAUUUGGCUUUUUAAUAAACUUCUUUUUCACCGUAACACUGUUGAAUAACACUUUUGGUUUGUGUAUGUUAUUACACCAAACAUUUUACAUUAAACCAUAUUACAUAUUUCAUUUAUAUACGUAUAGGCGUAUAUAUAGUCUGCUUUCCUUAAAACGUAUUACUUAACGAUAGGCACAUGCGUUUAUAUUAGUAUCACGAACCUAUGAUAAUUCAUUUUGUAUGUUUUAUGUGUGUGUAUAUAUAUAUAUAUAUGUAUAUGUAUGCGCGCACGCACGCACACACAUGAAUACACACACAUACAUACAUACAUACACAUUAAAUGAAAAAAAAAUCAAUAUCUCGUACUAAUCUGCCAAAUCAUUUGAAAAGGCAGUAUGUACAAUUGUCUUUGUAUAUUAUGUUCACUAUAUGUAUUAAUAAUAAUACUCAUUCUUUUGGAUAUGUUUAAAAAUUUUAUACCCAUAAAAGGCAAGUGUUCUCUUUGUCGAAGCAAUAAAGAAAUUUGCAGACUCGAAAUCUAAUAUACAUAAUUUUUGUUUUGAAAGAGAAUAUGCUAUACUAUCUUGCAAAUAUAUAUACAACGAUCUUUUAUUUUUUAUAUUCUAUAUACAAUUUGCGUUUACGAAAAGUACCCAAAAUGCGAAUUUUAUAAUAGUAGUCUAUCAUUGACAACUAUUUCGUUAGCAGUCAUAUCGAUUUAAAAUCGUAAAUGAGGCUUAUUUUUGAUCAUGUGCCUGUAAUAAUAUAAUUCAUAAAUUUAGUUUAAUAGAUUACAUGACUACAUGAAAAAAUCAGACAAAAAAAAUAUUUACUUAUCCAAGUGUUCCCAAAAUAUCAUCAAUGCAGCUCUAUCCAAAUGCCUUUUUGUCCUGCUUAAUUCAAUUACUGUAACAGCCCAACGUGCAACAUUUGCAUCCAGUCUCAUUUCAUCGUAUUUUAAAUGAAAUGCACAAACUGCAAAAGAACAAUUGUUUUUUUAAUUAUAUAAAAAUAAAAUAUUGCAAAAAUUUGUCUUUUCAAAUAAAAUAAUCAAUGAUGCAUACUUUUAGAGAAUAUCUCAACCGGAUUACCAUCGAAAGGCCAACCUUUAAAUUGCCAUGCUGGUCCCAUAACAAAUACUGCUACAACCCUUUCCCAAUCUGCAUUCGUUAAUUUUUGUGGAUUAUCAACGAUGCGAUAUGGAACUGUCAAACCACCUUCUUUGCGACGUUGUAAAAGAACUUCAUUUUCUCGUUUACAACCUUGAGUUCUUUUAUCUUCAUUACUCACGUAUUUCAGAUCUUGUAGAAUAUCCUUGGCGUUAUACAUUGUAAUCAAAGAAGUAUUUGCACUAGGAAUAAUGAUAAUAGGAGUUCUACUAGGUCUUUUAUUUUGUGCAGCCUGUUGAGGUGUAAGUUUAGCAGCAGAUGUUGGUAAUAAUCCAGAAGUUGGAGUCGUGGAUGGAUUGGUUUGUGGUUUUCUUACUGCUGGAUUAGUACCCUCUGUUACAGAUUUUAAAGUCAUUCCAUGAUAAGUGCCCAUAGUAUCAAUUUUAAAUCCUUCUGUUUCUUCUUUUUGUCUAAUAAAUCUUUCCUGAUCAUAUCUAUUAUAAACAGCCGGUUGUGGUAACGGUCUCAUAGGAGUAGAACGCGGAGUAACCAUUGGGGUAGGAACAGCAGGACCCUUUUGUCUUCCUUCUUCCCGAGCUUUAAUACUUUGGAGAAUCGCAAAUAUAUUCUU